GUUGGUUCCCUGGUUUUGCUAGGGUUUUCGGCGGCCUUUCUCCUCCGGACUGAAGUUUCUUUCUCUGAUUCGAUCCAAAGGAAAGAAUUCAGAGAAAAAUUUGAGUGAAAAAGGAGAUAUUGGAGUACAGUUUCAAUGGCGUCGAUCGCCGCUGGUGAAGAAUUCAGUCUCGUAAUCCGACUGAUGAACUUUGAUUUGAAGAGCAUUCCUUUGGCAAGAAGCAUUGGUGACUUCUUUUCCAGAGUCUUCUCCAGAGCAUUUGAUCGUCGUGACCGCAAAAGGAAAUCAGGCAUAAUGGUGGAAAGUUUAGUAUUGACUGAUGAGGAGCCCUUCCAAAUUGAAGUCCAGGAGUGGUUCUCCAAGCGAAAUCAGUAUCAUGAUUCCGGUGAUGGUGGUGAGCAGCAUGCUGUUUUCAAUGUCUUGGAUAAUGUUUUAGUGUGUGCAAUGGAGCGGUUGAAGAAGUUGAGGGAAAGCAUUACGAUGGCUGGGAAGCAUGGCUUCUAUGCAGGUGCUACUAGCUUCUUGAGCUCAGAGAAUUAUUAUGAAACUUAUUCUGAUAGUCAGAGUGCAUUGAUCAGGGCACUCUGUUUAGAGGGCAAGGUAGGUGUUGCUCUACGUCUUAAUGAUGAAAUGCGAAGACAUAAUGUUGUUUUAGAUCUUUUUACACACAACUUUCUUAUGAAUGGACUGUGUAAGAUGGGUGACCUAUCGACUGCUAGUUGGCUUUUGGAAGAUAUGUUAUGUGUUGGUGUGACUCCAAAUUCAGUAACAUAUAAUACUUUGAUCAAUGGAUUUUGUCAGAGUGACAACAUAGACACUGCUCUUAAUCUUGUAUCUUUAAUGACACAAAAUGGAGUUACACCCAAUGUAGUUACCUGUAAUAUACUCGUUCACGCUCUUUGCCAUAAGGGUCUCUUAGACAAUGCGAAGAAGCUUCUCACUGAAUUAGUAGAUGAACAGGAGGCCACAGAUAUAGUUACUUCAACUAUACUCAUGGAUGGAUGUUGUAGAAAAGGGGACAUGGUGCAAGCGCUUGAGCAUUGGGAUGGGAUGUUUCGGAAUGGUGUUGAUGUUGAUCACAUUGCGUUUAAUGUACUAAUAAAGGGUUUCUGCUUGAUUCAUGAUAUUAAGCUAGCAUACAGAUAUCUUUGUGAAAUGUUGAAGAAAGGUUUUUUCCCUGACCAUGUGACCUUUAACACCCUUAUCAACGGUCUUUCUAAGGAAAGGAGUAUGGAUGAGGCUUGUGAUAUACAGAAUAAAAUGGCUCUUUCUUGCAUAGUACCUGAUGAGAUCACCUACAAAUCAAUCAUUCAGGGUUUUUAUCUGGAAGGUGAUGUCUCUAAAGCUUUUCAGUAUUUAAAUGAGAUGUUAAUGCACAAAAUGGUCCCUGAGCCUCGUAUUUGGAAUCUUGUGAUUAAUGGGUAUGGAAGAUAUGGAGAUGUGGAUAGUGCUUGUUUAGUUAGAGAUAUGAUGGAGGAGCUGGGUGUCUCUCCUAACACCUUCACAUAUAAUGGGCUAAUUUAUGCUUAUGUUAAGAGAGGGAACAUUUAUGAUGCUAUUUUGCUAAAGCAGGUGAUGCUUGCUUCUGGGAUAUUUCCUGAUGUUGUUACUUAUAACUUAUUAAUCAGUGGUGCAUACAAUAUUGGUUCUGUUUAUUUUGCUCGCCAAUUGUUGCGUGAAAUGUUAUAUAGAGGGUGUCAACCUGAUAUUUUUACUUACACUGAAUUCAUGAGAGUCCUUUGCCGAAAGGGAAAUGUGCAGGAAGCUGAGGGAGUAUUCUACAAAGUGCAGAAAUCUGGUUUGUCAGUUGAUCAUGUCCCAUUUCACAUUCUUAUUAAGGCGUACUGCAAAAUAGGGAGGCCAAUGGAGGCAUUUUUAUUUUAUCAGAAGAUGAUAAGGAAGGGGCUCAUGGGUUGUUAUUCAAUGUAUUAUUCGCUGUUCAUCGCAUUGAUGAAGAAAGGAUUCUGCCAAGAAGCAAUGCAAGUGUAUGGCCAUUUGGAUAGACUGAGACCACAAGGAUGUGAAAAGACUGAAGUUUUGGUUGUAUGAUAGUUGGAAUUUUAUUGCUAUGGAGAAGAUAACUCUGGUAAAUUUUUAUUAUGAUGUUCGUCAAGAUCAUGUGGAAAUUUUUGGAUUCUUCCAUGAUGAGUUGUUCAUGGGAAGCUAAAUAUUAAAACAUGUAUUUGCGACAAAUGGAUGAUUAUAACAUAGCACCUGUGCCACUCAUAUUGGAAUUGCAUCAGAGGAAAUCAUGUUCCGAGAGGUUGAAGUUGCCAUUAAUUUAUCUCACUUGUUGUUUUGAUGUCUAAAACUGAAUUUGCUUCCUGAAACAUGGAUGCUAAACUGAUACCAUCACACUAUUGUGGUUGAAUGAGCAAGGACUGGAAUGAGCUGAUUGUGAUUGCUGGAGAGUCCAUAUAAUUUUGGUCAGGGAAAGGCCAUAAAGAACUUUUAA